GCCAUGUCGUGCUACAGCCCGUGCCUGCCCGCUGCCUGCGGCCCAACCCCGCUUGCCAACAGCUGCAACGAGCCGUGCGUCCUGCGCUGCGCCGACUCCAGCGUUGCCAUCCAGCCCUUGCCAGUGCUGGUGACGCUGCCGGGCCCGAUCCUCAGCUCCUUCCCGCAGAGCACAGCCGUGGGAUCCAGCGCCUCGGCUGCCGUGGGCAGCUCUCUCAGCGCUGCCAGCGUGCCCAUCGCUUCUGGGGGCUCCCUGGGGCUGGGGGGCUAUGGCUGGGCAGGGCUGGGCCGGGGGCUCGGCGGGGCUCUGGGACGUGGCAAUCUCUUAUGCUGAAGCCCGUGCAUUG